AUGGAUUCGCCGUCAGGCGUAUCUGGGGGCCCGCCGCCGCUGCCGCCGCUGCCGCCGCCGACCCGGUCCGGCCCGGCGCCCCCCCCCUGGGAUCUGGAUGUGGCCAAGCUGCGCGCCGUUGCGGCCCUGGGCCUGCCGCCACCGCCGGCCGUCGGCCCUGCGAGCGAAGUGUGUGCCACCUGCGGGCUGUCGCGGUUUACCUUUGCCUGCACGGACCUCUUGCACCAGACAUUCUGCCAGUGCCCGGAGCCGGGGGACUUCUCCCCCCUGUCAAGGGCGCCCGGGCCGCCGGGAUGGUGGACCUCGGCCGCCCCGGGGUCACCAUCGGGCUCCCACCUGGCCGAUCCACUGGCCUGCUGGGUGGGCAUGGCGGAUGUCGAGACAUCCGGCCCCGGGACUCCCAUCAGCUCGCAGUACUUUUUGACCUUGCACCAGAUGGCCGACACCAUUGAUUGCCCUGCCCGGGCGUCGGCCACCACCCCGCCCUCACCCUACAAUCCGAAUCUUCUCUUCAGCUUCUCGGCCCCGACCGGGGGCCCGGCGCCGGCGCCAUGCCAAUGCUCGGUGCCGACCGCCCCGGGGGCCUAUGCCCCGACCACCGAUCGGACCUUCCGCCUAUGCGCCUGGCGCCUCACCAGUUCCCACACCCCGGCUACCCUUCAUACUCUCAACUGGUGCCGGAGCGCCGCUCCAACGGCAGCCAGCCUGCUGACCGGCGACCAGCUCUUUUCCCUCGACCUGGUGGCCGUGCGCACCGUCGCCCAGUCGACCAUGGAGCCAGUCAGCCUGGCCCGAUCGACCGGGCCGCCCUUGCGGUCGGCGGAUCUCCUGGCCGGCUGGCCGGCCCUUGUGCCGGACCUGGCCGAUCCGCCCCCGGGGCCGGGCUUCCCCGCCGACAUGCUGACCGAGCAGGCGGAUGAUCGUCCGGCCGGCGACCCCUCCCUGAGUGGGCGCCUGCUUCUCUUCUUCGGGAACACGGUCCUCGAGGCGGUGCACAGGAGGGCACCCGACUCCGGGUUGUCGCCUGCCGCCACUGACCAUGCCCCGGCCGAAGGCAGCCUGCAGCCUGCCACCGGUGAGCCCGAGCCGAUCGCGGCGCGGCCCUGCUCAUCGACGGCGCUGGCCGGACUGUUGCAACUGUCCCGGCGCUUGCGCGAUGGCGAGGCCCGGGUGGCCCAGCUGCGUGAGCGUGUUUUGGUGUCCUCGUCAUCGGCCGGGUCGGGCCCCAGUCCGGCGGCGGUGGCAGCCCAGGCACAGGCCGUGCGGAGUGCGCAAUCCGGGCGACAUUUCGCGGCCGACCUCCUGGCACAGUCCUUUGCCGGGUCCUCGGAAUGCCGGGACUUCGGCGCCGGCAAGUCCGGCUCCCUGGGCGGACCGGCGACCGGGGCUCUCUGGCGGGGGCUGAUCGCACGCCGGGCGCGCAUGCACGGGGCCCGGUGGGCCCAGCUACGCGUGCGCCUGGCCGGGGACUUCCUGCUCCCGCCGUGCGCCGAGUGUGGGCCCGCGGUCCCGGGGAACCGGGCCCCCCUGUGCUCCGGGUGCCGGGGGCGCUUGCUGUGCCUGCCAUUGAAGCUGGGCUAUGCCACGGCCCUGGACAGCGGGAAGCCCAGCCGGCCGGCUCCUCGGCCGGACCAGGCGGCCCCCCUGCUCCGGGCCAACCGGGCCGUGGUCCAGCGCCUGGCGGUCCUGGUGGACAUGCAGCAAACCCAACUGCUGGCCGAUGUGCAAACCCUCUUCCGGCCGGUGUAUGUCGGCCGGCCGGAGCUUCUGGAGUACUUCUUGGCAUGCUUCGGCCUGCCGCUGAUCUCCUCCUACCUGGGCCAGCCCCUGCGCCUGCCGCUGUACCAUGAGGGCCCGCCAUUGCUAUGCGGCUUGAGUGUCCCCCCCUCGCCGUACCAGAACUUCCACGUGUCCACCUCCCUGCCGCUGGUGGCCCGCCGGGAGACCGAGGUCCUGGCCAACUUCUCGUACUCCAGCUACUUCCGGGCCGGCGAGUCGCGGCGCCUCUUCCUCCCGCCGCCCUACAUGCCGAACUCCCUGUUCUAUGUGGCCCCCUCGGCCUUGCCAUACUUCAACCGCUCGGGCCGGCUCAUGCGGCCGGUGCUCUUCCCGCACACGGUUCAACUGCUGGAGUUCCCCCUCUCCCUGGCCUUCGCGCACUUGUACAGCCACUCGGCCGGCGGGUCCGGGGGUGGUGGCGCAAGCAGCAGCGGCGGUGGGUCCGGCGGCGGCGGUGGAUCCGGCGGCGGCAGUGGGGCCGGCGGCGGCGGCGGUGGCGGCGGCGGCGGCGGCGGCGGCGGCGGCGGCAGCGGGUCUGGUGGCUCUGGCGUCACCAGCCCCGGCGCGACCGGUGCCCUCGAAGGGCAACUCAUUCCCGGCUCCCUGGGUCUUCCCGGUGGCGUGCGGUCUGCUAGCAGUUCCUCCCAGCCGCCACCGCCUUCGGGGACACUUUUCCGGAUACCCGAUCUACUGUUCAAUCUGCGCCUGAUCCUCCGCUCGUACGAGCCCCUCUUGCAGAAUGUCGACCUGUCGACCAUUUCCUUUUGGCUGCACAUUGAGAGCACCCGCCUGGGGCACAUGCUAAGUUGCUACCGGGAAGCCGGGAUGCCGAAUGCCCGGGAUUUGGGCGCACAAGCACAGCAUGCCGCUUCGGCGGUCUUGAGCGGCGUGCGCAAUGGGUCCCCAUCGGUCCUGCGCCAGCAUGUCGUCAUGGCCGCCGUUCCCGGCAGCCUUUCCCCGUCGCCAGCCAUCGGGGACUUUGGUGAGGGGACGCCCCCCUGGCUGGUGGGGUCCCCCUCUGCCCUUCAUGGCAGCGGGUCGCCACUUUUAAGGGACGCCACCAGCCCCGGGGCCGUGGGGCUCCCCGGUGAGGGCGACCAGCGCCCGUCCCUCCACCAGCACUACCAUUACCAGCAGCAACUCCAGCAGCAACAGCAGCAGCAGCAGCAACAGCAGCAACAGCAGCAACAGCAGCAACAGCAGCAACAGCAGCAACAGCAGCAACAGCAACAGCAGCAGUCUCUGCAUUCCCCCUCGGUUGGGGACGGCCCGCGCGGCCGGUCCUUGUCCAUGAGCCCGGCGACGGCUCCCCGACCAGCUGCCUUGACCGCCACCGACAUCACCUCGGACACGGUGAUCGCGGUGGCCGAGCGGCCGGACGGAUCGGCCGCCUCGCACUCAGCCCCCUGCGAGCACUUCAACAAGCUCGUCGUCCAUGAUGGCUGGUUCGAGGAGAGCAUCUACUAG